AUGUACAGUGACGAGCAGUCAUUCGUUUCGUAUUGGUUGUAUACAGGUAAACCUCGUAAUAGUCAAUAUUGGACCUUUAAUAACUCCAAACACGGCGCCGGCCGUGAAACGCACAAGAUAAUGUGGAACCACCCAGGGGUUGAUGUAACAGGAAUGGUUGCAAGGUGCGAGAAAGUGGCCGGCACUUGUGAACAGUUACUUGGAGGAGAAGUGUACCAUUACCAUACUAAACUAAUGAAGAAACCUGCUAAGAUAGGCGGUCAGAAUAUUUGGCAUCAAGACUAUGGGUACUGGUAUCUGUACGGAUGUUUAUUCCCAAACAUGAUGACCGUCUUUAUUGCGAUAGAUAAAUGCACGAAGAACAACAGCUGCCUACAAAUUCUGAAAGGCUCGCAUAAAUGUGGACGUAUCGAACACGUGAAGGUAGCUGGAUCAGAGGGUGCUGAUAUGGACAGGGUUGAAGAACUUGCUAAAAUAUUGCCUCUAGAAUUUGUAGAGCUAGAGCAAGGGGAUGCUUUAUUUUUCCACUGUAAUUUGCUACAUUGUAGCAGUGCUAAUACAAGUGCGGAUAGGCGCUGGGCACUUCUGUUCGCCUAUAACAGGGCGGAUAACAAUCCCACCAUUAAACAUCAUCACCCACAAUAUACGCCACUGAAGAAGGUUCCUGAUUCAGCCAUUUUGGAAUGUCAAGAUUUCACAACAAUGGACGGGAAACAGUUCAUUGACCCAGUCAGAGACAAGCGACCAGGUCGUUCACUCACCCUAGACGAGCAAUAAGUUAGACAAUCGACAAAAAGAAACGUUGGUUAAUAUUUUGUACAUUGUACAAGAUUUUAAACAUUUUGACAUAAAUUUCCAUAUAGUAUAUAACACUUUUGUAAUUAAACAGGAGUAUAGAAAGAAAGUGAAACUGUUAUUAAUUACUCGAUGCCAAUUGCCGUCGCCCAAACUAAGCACUGUGCCCAUGGUUCCCGUUUGAAAUAAAGCAAUGAUUCAAAA